UAAUCUCAUCACUAUAAAUUCUUAAUCUCUCCUCUCUGAUUCAAAGCCCUUCGUCGAGAGAAGAAGAAGAAGAAGAAGAAGGAGAAGCAAUGGCUCGUACGAAGCAGACCGCUAGAAAAUCAACCGGAGGAAAAGCUCCCAGGAAGCAGCUCGCCACCAAGGCGGCGAGGAAAUCGGCGCCGACCACCGGAGGUGUCAAGAAGCCUCACCGUUACCGUCCCGGAACCGUCGCUCUCCGUGAGAUUCGUAAGUACCAGAAGAGCACUGAGUUGUUGAUCCGUAAGCUUCCGUUUCAGCGUCUUGUUCGUGAAAUCGCACAGGACUUCAAGACGGAUCUGAGGUUCCAGAGCCACGCGGUGUUGGCGCUUCAGGAAGCAGCGGAGGCGUAUCUGGUGGGUUUGUUUGAAGACACGAAUCUGUGUGCUAUUCACGCCAAGAGAGUCACCAUCAUGCCUAAGGAUAUUCAGUUGGCUAGGCGUAUUCGUGGAGAGCGUGCUUAGAAUAAUCUCAUUUCGAGUGCUUUUUGAUUUCUUGUUUUUUUUAGUUGUCUUUGGUGUUAUAAAACUCUCUUUGAAGCUAAGAACAUAAUAUGGAUUUGGUUGUUAUGUUAUGAGCUAAUGACAAAUUGUUUGUUAACU